UAUCCUACAUACUGCAGUUGGCAUGCUCUCGAUUUCUUGGUUUGGUUUCGCCACGGUUUUUUCAGGGUCUCAUCAUGGCAGCUUUAAACGUGGGUGCGCUCAAGAAAAUGUUACCCAAGCGGUACAAGCAUAGGGGCUUGAUUGUACAGGAACUCUUUAAUGUGAUGUCCCACUACAAGUGCCUUAUGCCUGUGGUGGAAAAUUAUGUCUUCAAUGAUGGCAACACCCAACACUUAAUGAAUUUGACGGGAACUGUUCCAGUGCAUUUCAUAGGGAAGCAGUUCAACAUUCCGGUGUGUUUGUGGCUCUUGGACAGCUAUCCCAGAAUCCCUCCGAUCUGUUUUGUAAAGCCCAGCAAUGAAAUGAUGGUCGUUACAGGCCAAUACACUGACGCCAAUGGCCAGAUCGAUCUCCCUUACCUGCAGGAAUGGAGCUAUCCCCAGUCGGACCUGCUUGGGCUGAUCCAGGUUUUGGCCGUGGUGUUUGGGGAGGAACCCCCUGUUUGUAUUCGCCCACCACCAAACUCCAUUCCUGUUCCUGUCUGGGAGAACUGGGAAGCUCCUGAAUCUUGGGGAAAAACAGAAGUCAUUUCAUCUUCUGACAAGGAAACGUAUUUCACUCUGAAAGGAGAGGAUGGACUGUUGAUUCGCUCUGAAAAUGAAUCUGAUUGCUAACUGCUGUAGUACCCUCUUCAGGAUUGUUUAAUUUGUUGCAAAGAACCCACAGGAGGAGUCCUCUGAUUCAGCCGACCUUCCUUGUGAUAGGAAGGACUGUAGCACUGAAAAUAAUAGACCCUGUUUUCCGUGAGAGGGCAUGUUCUAGGAAGAGAGUACAGUUUAGUGGUAGGAAUAGACGAGCAGUGUUGGGCUGAAUGGCCUGUUCUCGUCUUACGUUAUGUUAUGUUAAGAGAUUUGGGAUUAGGCCCCAGUGUUUGGGUUAGGGUAAAGAUGGUGCUCUGGGUGGGGAUAGGGCCUGGAAUCACCUCCUUCUGGAAUGUUCUCGCUGGCCACUGCUCACACUGUCCAAUUCGUUUUUGAGAACAGCCAAAGCAUUUCCCUGCUGUCUGCCAUGUCCUGAAAAUCCUGGCUGAUCUAUUUUUCCUGGAUUUUAGAUGGAAGUCUCUCCCUCGGGCACCAUAGAAGCUAGUGUGCUCAAAAGGGGUGUGUGGUUGAAAUUGUGGUGUUUAAGAAACUGAGCAAUAUGUCCUCAAAAAAUUGUACUUGAUUUUAAAAUUAAUUUAUUUCCAAUGUGAAAGCUAUAAGAGAAGUUUCAGUUAUCAGUUCAUUAUCAGUGUAUUACAAUUCUUGUCCCACCUUUAUGUAGAACAGUACCAUUUAUUGGCCAUUUAAUGUAUCAAAAUGAUCCUGAGAUUUCAAAUUGAAAUUUGAACUUCAAUUAAAAUUUGAAAUGGAGGGGGGACGACGACGACAGAGUCUGUGAUUUCCAGUAAAUGAAAAGACAGUCAACAUUGUUGUUCUAUUAAAUACAUUUUUUUUUUAAAUGUAUGAAUUGAAAUCUAAUUUUAUGUUUAUUUAUUUAUUUUUUUCCAAAGCAAUGGCCUACAUCUCUGAUGUUAGUAUACACUCUCAUGUGUGGAUUUGCUUUUAGGGACCAAUGACCAAUUUAUAAUCUAAUGACAUUUUGGAUUUUGGACACCUUUGUCCUGGAACACAGGCUUGACUAUGCACUGAGCGGUGACAAACCCAGCGUUCGACUUUCUGGCUUUUGGGUUAGGCCAACUGGGCUAAUUUUAUAUUAUUGUGCGGGGGAAAAUGACUUUGGGCAGUUUGCCAUAAUUUGGGCUAUUUUUUGUUAUAUUGAGUUUUUUAUCUUCCAUUUUCAGGAAGAUUUACAUUCAUUGGUGCAAUUUGUUUCUCCUCUGCCUUUUCCUCGAUUGGUAUUCUGGUAUCUGACAAUAGACAUAGUUUCAACAUUCAAAAAUGGCAAGUUACUCACACAUACAAAGCACUGUCUGUAAGUCACUAAUUCAAACUUGAAAAAUCUAUGUCUGCCAUUAAAAGUAUUGAUGUCAAAAUUAGGCCAAGAAGUUACAAGAAGCAAUAUUGGCUAUUUUAGCUCACACAAAUUAAACAAGCUGUAUUCCAAAUCAGUGCUUCCCAACAUUUCCUAAAUUAUUUAAAGUUACUUGGCGCUGUGUGUAGAAGCAUACAGUACAUUAAUGGGGCAAACAUAUCUGUGUAUAGUUUUGUAAGUGUGAAGAUUGAUUUAAUAGUCAAUAUGUCAAAUUGUGUCUGUAUUUAUGUAAUAUAUCAAUAUUAAUAUAAAUAUUGAACCAUCUUUCAAAGUCACUUAGAUCUUUUCCUCUUCCCAACCUGGUCUAAAAUUGAGGUCAACUGGGCAUG